UCGAGCCACCAGACGAAAUGUUCCUCGUGACAGCUUUCUUGGCAAUCCUCUGCUUUCAGUUGAUGGUAUUCCAUUUGGUUUCCUUCCCGUUUUUGGCCAUUCAAGCAGAGAGGAAAAUCGGGAAACCGAACAAUUUAUUGGCAGGAAAGACAGACACCCUUGCCAUUCCGUGCAAUAUCACAGGCGAUUGUGGAUCGUGCAAAAAUGUGACAGAGGAUGGCGGGAUAAUUGAAUCUCCGAAUUUCCCGGACGAUUACAGCUCCAAUUUGAGUUGCCUCUUUACAAUCAAUGCGCCACCGGAAAAGAAAAUUAAUCUGACUUUUACAGAACUUUCCGUCAAAGAGUGCUGUGAUUUUAUAACCGUAUUCGACGGAUUCGCCAAUCCGCUUCGGGUUAGUUUAAAUGGUUACGAUAGUCCAGCGGAUGUGAUCUCACCGUCCAAUCAAAUGGCGGUAAAGUUUUCUUCGAAUGAUGAAAAUAUUACAGAAUUUGGUGCAACUAAAUUAAGACCUGUGUCGAGAUGGCAAGCGACAUUCACCUUCGUAUGAAAUUGAAAAAUGUUGAAUUUUUACUUUGUGAUCGACUA